AUGAAUACUUCAGGGAAGGAUGUGAAAACCGGAGAGUUGAUAAAACAACAGUUUGUUUGCAACAAGUUUCGAAAGCCUGAUGUCGAUGACGGAGGGGCAGAAAGGAUUCCUGUGCUAGAUGACAUUGUUGAGCAAGAAAAAGAUGAUAAUGAAGAUGAGGCUAUUGUCUUUCUUGAUGAUGAUAGUAAAGGCAAAAAGAUGAGCAAGAAACGAAAAAGAGAUAAAAUUGUGCAAACUGGUUGCAAAGCUAAGAUGAUUGUGAAGGUAAUAGAUGGCAGAUGGGAGGUGAUCUGCUUUGUUGGCGAGCACAACCAUCCGUUGGUUGACAAGCCAUGUUUGACUAAGUAUUUGCGAUCACACCAAGGGAUCCCGCUAGAAGAAAGGGCCUUCCUUACUCAUCUUCAUAACUGCAAUUUAACUACAGGUUUUAAACCACACCCCCUCCCCCCUACCUUCUAA